AUGACUCUGCUGUUGCUCAUAGUGUCACUUCUUCAUCAAGGAUAUACUUUGGCUCCAGUGGUCACAAUUGAACUUGGUGAACCUGUGACUUUGACUUGUGCUUUUAUUGACAAUUUUCAGAGCACCACAUGGAUUCACUGGUACAAGCAGAAUGCAGGCGACACUCUGAAAUUGAUUGUGAGUCAGCUAAAUAUCAUAAAACCCGCUUAUGGACCAGAAUUCUCAACUUCCAGAUUUGAUGUGAGAAACGCAAAUAAAAUGAGCAAUUUAACAAUUUUGAAAACAGUGCAACAAGAUGAAGGAAUGUAUCACUGUAUUCAAACGGACAUAUAUGGAUCUACCUGCAGUGGAACCUAUUUGUCGAUACAAGUAACUUCUGAGAGGACCAUGAGCUACACUGUUGUUCAGCAGCCAGCAGUUUUUCAUCCCCAUCAUCCGGACGACUUGGUGACCCUGCAGUGUUUCGUCCUCUCCGAUUCAAAAACUACGACCUGUUCAGAAGAACCUCGUGUGUUCUGGUUCAAAACCGGAUCAAAUAAAGCGUACCCAGAUAUGAUCUACACUGAUGGAAAAAAAGCUGGAAAUUGUGAUAAGAGGUUUGACUCUCAGGAGAAAUGUAUUUAUAACUUCUCUAAGAGCUUCAGUUCCUCUGAUGCCGGGAUGUAUUACUGUGCUGUGGCCACUUGUGGACAGAUAGUAUUUGGAAAUGGAACAAGUCUUAGAAAUGAUAAAACAUCAAAAAUCAGCAUGCUGUUGGUCACAGUAAUCUGUUUGGCCAUUUCUUUGACUGGUAAUAUUGCUCUAUUCUGCUUUCGAAUGCAAAGAUCAUUAUGUCAACGCUAUAAAGAAAGCUCUUCUUCACAAACAAGAGGCAAUAUUAACCAAAAACCAGAGGACGUUAUUGAAGAUGAAGCUGGUCUGAACUACGCUGCAUUACAUUUCUCUGAAGGGAGAGCAUCAAGAGGAAAGCAGAAGAGAGAGCUGAUGACUGAAGAAAGUGUGUAUUCACAGGUUAAAGGAUCGGGGUGAACAUGUGUGUGUAAACCUGCAUGGGAAUGCAAAUAUUAAUACAUGUUUAUGCUGUUACUAAUCAAAAAUAAAGAUUUAUGGAUUCAAUUUGAACUUCUAAUGAAAGUGAAGUGUGUAAAAUCAGAAUGUUAAAUACUUUAAUGAUUUUGCCUACAUGACAGAUUCCUUAUGUUAAAUAUAUUAAGUAGAAAGAUUUAAAAUUGAAUUACCUCCAUGUAUUUAAAUAUCUUCAACUCCAACUUUAUAUUAAAUGUAUAGUUUCUAAAGUUAAUCUGCAUGCAACACACUAAAUUGUGCUUUUGAAAUUAAUAUGGGGUAGUUAUAAUGCUCUACUCUUAAUUAUUGGUUUUUAACAAAAAAUAACUAGAAGAAACAAUAGUCUUUAUACAUUCAGUUAAAUUGUCAUAAAAUUGUGUAAAUUAUUGCAAAUAUGCAAAAGGUUUUCAUCUAGGAUGUUGUAGGUGUUUUAUAUAACACUUUUCUUUUAAUCAAUUAUUUGGUGAGAGUUUACUCUCCUUGGUUAACAUACAGUAGACAGAGUAGAACCAAACCUCAUCCUGUGGACUUUAAUUCUUGUGUUGUGGCAUUUAGCAGUUGGUUGUGUUUUCUGUAUUUUUAAAAAAUUAAUUAGUGUCCUAACUAUUGAACCCUGGAACAUCGUGUCUUUGUUAAAUAAAAGUAAAAAGUCUGUGUCAGUCUUUUAAAAAAAAAAAAAUUACUCAACUUUAAUC